AUGCCAGCCUUCAACCUGUUCAAGCUCCCCUCAGAGCUCAUCUACAUAGUCGUCGAGCAUCUCCCCCCCUCAUCGCUCACGGCAUUCGCAGAAAUCUCACCCACCACAAAUCAAAUGAGCACUCAAGCCAUCAACGCUCUAACAGCCGACGCUGUAAUAGAAGACUACAAGACGGCAUGCAAAGAGAACAACCACAGCACAAUCCUCCGACUCCUCCCCUUCAUCCUCCCCGAACCCCCCCUCUCCAUAAACGCCCACAUCGCCCUCCUUUAUACCUGCCGAACCAGCUGCGGCGAAGCAGUCAACCUCCUAGCCCGCAAAGGCAUCCCGCUGCACGAACACAGCGCCAGAACACAACCCAAAUCCACCAGCCUCGACCUCGCAGACUGGCUCGACACGCCCUUCCUCAGCGCCGCACGAAACACCACCACCGACGCUCUGAAAGCCCUCUUCGCCAACGGCGCCUCGCUGUCCAGCAUCGCCUACUUCACCGCGGGGUCACCCAGUCUAGCCGGUAUAGCCAUGAACCCGGACCAUUACCUGCACCAUGCGGCGUCGGAGGGUCUGAUUGCUGUUGUGAAGUGGCUGCUUGUGGAGUGUCCGGAUUAUGAAGAUGUGGAUAUUGAUGUGCCGGAUUUUCUGAAGAGGACGCCGCUUAUGUUUGCGGCUUUUACGGGCAAGGUGGAGAUGGUCAGGACGCUGCUUGCGCUGGGGGCGAAUGCGUGGCAGUGUGACUUUCGGGGGUGGGAUGCGCAGCGCAUGGCUGUUCAGAAUGAAGAGUUUGAGGUUGUCAAGGUGCUCUCUGCGCAUAAGCAUGCUCUAACUCGAGGCCGAUGCUGA